AACAAAGAAAACCAAAAUGAAAACAAAGGAGGUAGCCUAGCUUACCAUCAGAAAGCCAUAACAAUCGAUGGCAAACGUAGAAUCCUCAUCUCAGGCUCUAUUCACUAUCCUAGAAGCACUGCUGAGAUGUGGCCAGACCUCAUCAAAAAAUCAAAAGAAGGAGGAUUAGAUGCCAUUGAAACAUAUGUUUUUUGGAAUGCUCAUGAGCCAACUCGUCGCCAGUAUGAUUUCAGUGGGAAUCAUGAUCUCGUAAGAUUCAUCAAGGCUAUUCAAGCUGAAGGAUUAUAUGCUGUUCUUCGUAUUGGACCUUAUGCUUGUGCUGAGUGGAAUUAUGGAGGAUUUCCUGUGUGGCUUCAUAACAUGCCUGGUAUUGAACUACGUACUGCCAACGAUGUGUUCAUGAAUGAGAUGCAAAACUUCACAACGUUGAUUGUAGAUAUGAUGAAACAAGAAAAGCUUUUUGCAUCUCAGGGUGGUCCAAUUAUUAUUGCUCAGAUCGAGAAUGAAUAUGGGAAUGUGAUGGGUCCAUAUGGAGCAGCAGGAAAGGCAUAUAUUGAUUGGUGUGCUAAUAUGGCUGAUUCUCUCCACAUUGGAGUCCCAUGGAUUAUGUGCCAACAAAGCGAUGCUCCACAGCCAAUGAUCGACACCUGUAAUGGCUGGUAUUGCGAUUCAUUCACGCCCAAUAAUCCGAAUAGCCCAAAAAUGUGGACAGAGAAUUGGACAGGGUGGUUUAAGAGUUGGGGUGACAAAGAUCCACUUAGAACUGCUGAAGAUCUUGCCUUUUCUGUUGCUAGAUUCUUCCAAACUGGAGGCUCUUUCCAAAAUUACUACAUGUACCAUGGUGGGACUAAUUUUGGGAGAACAGCUGGUGGUCCAUAUAUCACAACCACUUAUGAUUACAAUGCACCCCUUGAUGAAUAUGGAAAUUUGAAUCAACCAAAAUGGGGACAUUUGAAGCAGCUUCAUGACGUCUUGCAUUCCAUAGAAGAAACUCUCACUCAUGGCGACAUUUCCACAAUAGACUAUAACAACUCUGUCACUGCAACUAUUUAUGCAACUGAGAAAGGGUCCAGCUGCUUUUUGGGAAAUGCAAAUGCCACUUCAGAUGCCACAGUUGACCUCCAUGGAACUAAAUACACAGUUCCUGCAUGGUCUGUUAGUAUCCUUCCUGAUUGCAAAAGUGUUGCUUACAAUACUGCCAAGGUGAAAACACAAACUACAGUGAUGAUAAAGAAAAAGAACCAAGCUGAGGAUGAACCAUCAUCUCUUAAAUGGUCAUGGAGGCCAGAGAACAUUCAUACCACUGUACGCCUGGGGAAGGGGCAUUUUCAAACUCGCCAACUUCUUGAUCAGAAAGAUGCAGCUAAUGACGCUAGUGAUUAUCUCUGGUACAUGACAAGUGUCCAUAUGAAGGAAGAUGAUCCAAUUCGGAGCCAUCAUAUGUCUCUUAGAGUUAAUGGCAGUGGUUACAUUCUCCAUGCAUUCGUUAAUGGAGAAUAUAUUGGUUCUCAAUGGGCUAGAUAUGGCGUUUUCAACUACGUCUUUGAGAAGAGUAUCAAUUUGAAAUUAGGGCACAACUUGAUCACUUUACUCAGUGCAACAGUUGGAUUGCCGAAUUAUGGCCCCAUGUACGAUUUAAUACAAGCUGGAAUUACAGGUCCUGUGGAGUUGGUUGGUCGUAAAGGUGACGAGAACAUCAUAAAAGAUCUUUCUGCACAUAAAUGGUCAUACAAAGUUGGAUUGCAUGGCUUGGAAAAUAGACUCUACACCUUGAAUUCACCACAAGCUUCCAAAUGGCUAGACCAUGAUCUUCCCACAAACAAGAUGAUGACUUGGUACAAGGCUACCUUCAAAGCUCCACUAGGAAAAGAGCCAGUGGUAUUAGAUUUGGAUGGUAUGGGAAAGGGUUUUGCUUGGGUGAAUGGUCACAACCUUGGUAGAUAUUGGCCAACUUUUCUUGCUGCGGAGGAUGGUUGUAGCACUGAGCCAUGUGAUUACAGAGGUCCAUAUGAUAACAACAAAUGUGUCUUUAAUUGUGGGAAGCCAACUCAAAGAUGGUACCAUGUCCCUCGAUCAUUUUUACAAAAUGAUGAAAACACUUUGAUUCUAUUUGAAGAGUUCGGCGGUAACCCAUCAAAGAUAAAUUUCCAAACUAUUAAGGUUGGAUCAGUAAGUGGCAGUGGAAACGAGGGAGAUAUAAUUGAACUGUCAUGCCAUGAUGAACCAAUUUCAGCAAUUAAAUUUGCUAGUUUUGGUGACCCUGGAAGGACAAGUGAAUCUUUCGUGAAAGGUAGCUGCGAAGGAUCAAAUGAUGCAUCGUUAAUCAUCCAAAAGGCAUGUGUAGGCAAGCAGACAUGUAAAAUUCAAGUUUCCAAGGAUAUUUUUGGGUCAACAAAUUGCGACAGUGAUGUGGUCAAUACUCUAGUCGUAGAAGCUUCAUGUUAAUAACAUUUAGUUUUGGGUUAGGCAGUG